AAUAUGGCCGCCCAGGUGAGUUAGCAGCAACUCAGAUUUAGCAGGUCACUCAGAGAGAUGCAGUACGACAACGAGACAGAGCUGCCGCUGACAGAAUUCAGCUUUGAGCAACGAUUCAAUGACAUGGAUGCGGUUCAGUGGAUGCAGCAAAACUGGAGUUUCUCAUUCCUCUUCAGUGCCCUGUACGCCACCCUGGUGUUCACUGGGCAGCACUACAUGAGGCAGAGGCCCAAACUGAACCUGCGGCGACCGUUGGUGCUCUGGUCCCUGACGCUGGCCGUGUUCAGCAUUGUGGGAGCGGUUCGUACCGGUUCAUACAUGUUCCACAUCCUCAGCAGUACUGGUUUCAGAAAUUCUGUAUGUAACCAGAGGUUCUACAAAGACCCUGUCAGCAGGUUCUGGGCCUACGCCUUUGUCCUCAGCAAAGCUCCAGAACUAGGUGACACUGCUUUUAUUGUGCUGAGGAAGCAGAAACUCCUGUUCCUGCACUGGUUCCACCACAUCACUGUGCUCCUCUAUUCCUGGUACUCGUAUAAGGACAUGGUGGCCGGAGGCGGUUGGUUCAUGACCAUGAACUUUGCAGUGCACGCGCUCAUGUACAGCUACUACACUGCACGUGCUGCUGGUGUGCACGUGCCUCAUGUGCUGGCUGUGCUCAUCACCAGCACUCAGAUCGCUCAGAUGGCCAUGGGCCUGACGGUGUGCUUGCUCGUCCACAACUGGAUGCCACAGGGUGACUGCCCCUCCAAUGUGGACAAUAUCAGGUGGGCGGGGCUUAUGUACCUCAGCUACCUGCUGCUCUUUGCAAAUUUCUUCUACCAAACCUACCUACGGCCACGAAACCACUGUGACUCGGGCAAAGAGGCCAAGCCCAGGAAAAUGGAAUAGGAUGCAACAAGUGGAGAAGGAAAUAGUCUUAAAGCUUUGGAAAAAGUUUUAUAUUCUGACAGAGUACAUGUUCUUCGUGUUACUUUAUUUACUUAUCUUCCCUGGAACUGUUCUUGGGUCAGUUUGGGGGGUAACAAACUAUCCAACCAUCCGUUUUACAGUUUACAGAAACUCCAGCAGAGGGUGCUAUAAUUUCUCUGAAUUAAUCGAGUACACUAGUGCAAAAGAUUUCAUUGUCCGUCUUUAUGUUCAACUUUUUAAUUUUUUUUUUAAAAUUAAACUAUUGCUUGCCGUUAUGAGUAGCAGAUUUACUGAAUAUGACACUAAAAAGGGCUGAGGUGAGGUUAAUUUGUUUAGCUUAUUUGAAGGUCACGUACACACUUAUUCCUUCCUGUAUCACUUCCUGUCUCUGCCCACUGUGGGCCAUCACCCACUUUCACAGUGUUCACUUGGGCUCUGUGCCUCUGGUCUAUGUACCUGAUUAUUCAGGACAUUUGUUUACAAAGACUCUCAUCAAGAAUGUCUGAGAAUCUGUGGCCGAAUGAUUUGAAAAGAUGACGUUUUACUGAACAUGGCAAUUGGUACGGCUAUUUUCUGUGUGGUUCAGAAAAUCCAUUUUAAGAGUGCUCUAACCUGAUGUUCAUCCAAAUCUGUGCCAAUGAUCCUGUUGUGGAUAGGCAAAGUUUUUAUAAAAAUCGAUUUUCAAUUGAAGGCCUUUUUUUUUUUUAAUUUAAGAACACGUUUUAGAUGACAUGAUGGUGGCUUAAAAAAAAACUUUGAUGCUGCUAGAAAUCUGUAAAAUCUGACGUUCUUGUUUCUGUGUAAUUGCUGCUGUUUUUGUGAUGUUUCCUGUCUGACUUUGUGUUUUAUUGAUCAGCGGCAGGGACUUGACUGAAAGGCAGCAAAGGUUUUAACUUAUUUUAUUUGUAAAAACAAAACAAAACAAUAAAGUAAUUAUUAACUAAGUGCA